GGGGUCAUCUUUUGCGUUUUGUGGUGUCCAAAAACAUAAUACCAAAACAUUGUUUACUUUUUCCCUCAAUCUAAAUCCAAUAGAAACCCAAUAUAAGCAUUCAAUUCUCCACCUUGGAUUGGAGCGGUUUCAUCCCCGAAAGCAACGGACGCAAAAUUACUUUAAACCCAGAAACUCUAAAAUACCCUCCAACUUCUCUCUACUAUGUUGCAGAGACCUAGACGCCGCUGCGAAGGCACAGCCAUGGGCGCUAUCGUUCUCGAUCUCCGUCCCGGUCUCGGAAUCGGUCCUUUCUCCCUCGGGAUGCCUAUAUGUGAAGCAUUUGCUCAGAUAGAGCAGCAACCUAACUUAUAUGAUGUGGUGCACGUGAAGUAUUUUGAUGAGGAACCACUGAAGUUGGAUAUUGUUAUUAGCUUUCCUGAUCAUGGUUUUCAUCUUCGAUUUGAUCCUUGGUCACAGAGACUGCGGCUUAUUGAAAUAUUUGAUGUAAAGCGGCUUCAAAUGCGCUAUUCUACUUCUCUGAUUGGGGGACCGGCCACUCUAGCUACUUUUGUUGCUGUAUAUGCAUUGUUUGGGCCCACAUACCCUGGAAUUUUCGACAAGGAUAGAUGCAUCUACACGCUAUUUUACCCGGGGCUUUCAUUUGCAUUUCCUAUUCCGGGUCAGUUUACAGACUGCUGUCAUGACGGGGGAGUGGAACUGCCGUUGGAGUUUCCAGAUGGGACAACCCCAGUUACAUGCCGGGUUUCUAUUUAUGAUAGUUCCUCUGGUAAGAAGGUUGGUGUGGGUUCCUUAAUGGAUAAGGCUUCUGCUCCUCCAUUACCUACUGGCAGCAUUUACAUGGAAGAGGUUCACGUUAAGCUUGGGGAAGAAUUGUACUUCACUGUUGGCUCCCAACAUAUUCCGUUUGGUGCAUCACCACAGGAUGUGUGGACUGAGCUAGGACGUCCCUGUGGUAUUCAUCAAAAGCAGGUAGAUCAAAUGGUUAUACAUUCUGCCUCUGAUCUUCGGCCACGGACAACUAUCUGUGGAGAUUACUUUUAUAAUUAUUUUACCCGUGGUCUGGACAUCUUAUUUGAUGGGCAGACUCACAAAAUCAAGAAGUUUGUGUUACACACUAACUACCCUGGUCACGCUGAUUUUAAUUCAUACAUGAAGUGCAAUUUUGUUAUCUAUUGCUCAGAUGCUGGUGGAGGAUCUUUUCAGGAUGUAAAUAAUAGCAAACAGAGGGUUAUUACACCUAGCACAAAGUGGGAACAAGUGAAGGAAAUACUUGGGGAUUGUGGGCGAGCUGCCAUUCAGACACAAGGUUCUGCCAGUAACCCAUUUGGUUCUACUCUUGUAUAUGGUUAUCAAAAUAUAGCUUUUGAGCAGGUGAUGAAGAAUGGUUAUAUUGCAACAAUAACUCUCUUCCAGUCAUGAUGAUGGCAAUAAGACUUGGAAUCAUAUGUCUUUAUGCAUUCCUGCAGGGGCUUUUGAAGUUUGGUUAAUCAUAAUCUUUCGUCCUAUCGUUCCAAGGCGUGGUUGCAGAACUUCACAAGGCGUAGCAGGCUUUGUACGUUCAUUGUGCAAAAAAUAUAUUUAGGUCAACCAUCACCAUCAUUAUCUUGUCAAUGGGCUGUGGCAAAUUUGUACAGCUGUCUAACGAAUUGUACAUAUAAAUUAUGUAAUUAACUGAUAUUGUCUUCCACAAAGCAAAUGCAAUAAGUUCCCAGUGCUUUAACUUUAA